AUGGCGGCUGACUUGAAAGGGAAGGUGCUAACAGUUCUAGGUCCCAUAGACCCGUCAGCCCUGGGCCGUACCCUGACCCAUGAACACCUGAUGUGCGACACGUUACCCAUUCGUGCAGACAUCCCCCCUCCUGCCUUCCUCCCUCACAUGAACGACCUGCCCUUCACCAUGGACAACCUGGGCUUCAUCAGACAAUACCCUUGGAGCUACCACGCGAAUGCAACUAUGUACGGGGAGGAACACCACAUCAUAGAAGAGCUGAAGUUCUUUAAACAACGUGGAGGCGGCUCCAUUGUGGAAUGUACCACUCUGGGCCUGAGGAGAGAUGUACACAUGUUCAAGAAGAUGUCAGAGGAAUCUGGGGUGAACAUCAUUGCAGGAACUGGCUACUAUGUGGGGUCCUCCCUCCCACCAGAGGUCCAUAGUGCAAGUCAGGAGGAGCUGGUGUCUACCAUGGUCCGUGACGUCACCCAGGGGGCUGAUGGAACAGACGUCAGGUGUGGGGUAAUUGGAGAGAUAGGAACAUGCUGGCCGAUAACAGCUACAGAGAAGAAGACCCUCCAGGCAGCUGCUGUAGCUCAGAGUGAGCUGGGCUGUGCAGUCAUCAUCCACCCCGGCCGGGAUAAACAGGCUCCAGCCGAGGUCAUCCGCAUUCUGGCAGAGGCAGGAGGAGACAUCAGCAAGACUGCCAUGUCCCAUCUGGACAGAACUUUCAGUAAGAAGGAGGACCUCUCGGAGUUUGCCACCCUGGGCUGUUACCUGGAGUUUGACCUGUUUGGGAUCGAGACGUCACUUUAUCAGCUGGCCUUAGACUUCGACAUGCCCACCGAUGCUCAGCGUAUCCAGAUGGUCAAACACGUGAUACAGGACGGCUGUGAAGAUCGCGUGGUGAUCGCACAUGACUUGGCAAACAAACAUAGACUUAUGCACUAUGGAGGCCAUGGUUAUUCCCACAUUCUCCUCAACGUUGUACCCAAGAUGCUGACCAGAGGCAUCUCACAAGAACAGGUGGACAAGAUCCUCAUUAACAACCCCAGGAACCUACUGACUUUUACAUGAAGAACUGAAGCAAACUUAACAUGCUCCUGAUAUUCUUGUAUUCAGGUUAAUCUCUAUAUGUAUGCUAACAUGAUGUGGAUGCUGCCCCAAACAAAAUUGACUCUUGUACAGGACUUGUUUGAGGUAUUUUGGCCUCUUUGACGAGGUAUUUUGGCCUCUUUGACAGUAAUGUUACAUGUACUAUUGGGCUCCUUCCAUGAUCUAACCACUCCACUUUCUCAACAAUGACACUAUUUUGUACAGCAUGU